CGCUGCGUGCGCACGCGCUGCGGGCUGCGCUCGUUCUGUUGCGUUUUAUUCUUCUUUUCGGGUUUUGUUUUGCUUUGUUUUGAUUAUAGUGCCGGGGCGGUGACGCCGAUAGAGCACGUGGCACACGCGUAGUUUUUUUUUGUGUUUUGAUUUUUUUCCCGGAGGUCUGGUUGGACUGGUUAAGACGGACUGAAGUGUGAUUUCUGUCCGACAGGUUUUCACUCAGUCCGGCGAUGACCGUGAGGUGAGCGGGGCGCGCGGGCAUCCUCUCAGGAAUCCUUAUGUUUUUCCUUUCUUCCUCUGAGGAGACAGAGCAAUAAGAAGUGACCAAAGAUACCGAAGUGGGGACGGUGGACGCAGAACACCGAGGUUCAGGGCAUUGAGUUUGCAGAGCAUUCGGCACCAGCAGCACAGUGGCUCCCCCCUCAGGCCGACUGGAUUACUGCAGCCCCUGUGUUAGAGGAGCUGCAUGGCCACAGGCCCAACUCUCUGCAGCACGUAUGAACGCAGCCGCAAGGUGAGACGCUCACAGGUGAACUCGCAGUCAGCAGGCAGCAAGGUCACACAGGAGACACAUGACAUGGAGGUCAAAGGUCACCUGAUCACUGGACCUGAGCUGCAGGGCUGUAUGGACAGUAAGCAGCGAGCAGAGCGGAUGGUGGAGCUGCAGGAGAGACGCAGGAGUCUUCAGGCUUUACUCAGCACCCGCCUGGCCGAGCUCAGACGAGUGUGCCUGCAGGAGGCUGAAUUGACAGGAGAGGUUCCGAGUGAGUUUCCUCUCGAGGCGGGAGAAAAACUCCCCCAUGUGCGGCGCAGAGUUGGUUUGCCACGCAGCGGGUCCAAGUACAACCCAAAAAGUGAGGAGGAUGAUGCAUCUCAGAGGAAGACGAAGAAACCUCUGUUCAGUGGCGCCCUCCGCAGGCACACGGAUGCAGAGCAACAGCCAACACAUGGAAAGAGGACGGUCCACAGAGGAUGUCAUACUGACAACACAGUGAAGUCAGAGAGCAGCUCCACGUCAGACUCCACCAGCCAGGAGAACGAGGACACCUCUGAUGGCUUGUCCCCCUCUCGUCCCCGGCUGGUCCCGGGGAGCCCAGACAGCAGGUUCUGUCGUAAACUGUCCCCUGUGGAGAUCUAUUAUGAAAUGAGAGCACGACGCAACUCUGUGGCCAGUUCAGCCAGCCCGAGUCGUUCUCUCCCGAGGAGUAUGUCCAAUCUAGAGGGCAGAAGUGUCCCUGCCACGCCCCUGCUGACCCGCAACGGCCCCAACGGUGUGCACAUCAGGUCCGAAUCCUCCAGCGGCACAGCGGGAACAAAGCAGUGGCCAGACAAUCCAGAGGUGCCUCAGUCGGCACUUGUCCCAACUCAGGAGGGGUCUUCCCCAGGGUCCUAUGAGCAGAAUGGCUGCACUUACAGCACCCAAACACGCCGCAGCAACAGCUCUGAGGCACUCCUGGACCGCAAUACCAACACCAUUAUGGACGAAGGAGGUCAAAGGUCUGGCCUGCCUGUCCGAAAUGGGCCAUACAAAAGCUCGGAGGCAUUGCCAGACGGACGUCUGAAGCAGGCACAACGGGGCAGCCCUGAGCGGCAGGUGAAUGGGCACGCUGAGCUGUCCCGGGUCCGCUCCGUUUCUAGCGGGCGUACGGUUAAUGGCCCCAGUGCAGGCUACAGUGAGAUCCUGCUGGACUAUGUGUGGGGCAAGCAGCAGAAGAUGCAGCAAGCCCAACAACAGCAGCUUCUUCAGCAGAGACUGCAGGCUCAGAGCAGUAUUAAAGCCCGGGCUUGGCCCGAAACUCCCUCAGGCGCCCCUCCGCCCUACAUGAAUGGCUUCCACCAGUCUCAGGCCCUCAUCCUGGCCUCUGGACCCCCGGCCUACAGCCCUCUGAUGCUGCGAGGCAAACCAGGCGAGCCUCGGCGGGUUAAAGUGACCCGCACCAAAUCCUGUGGGCCGUUCAUUCCCCUCCAGCAGCACCAGCAAGAGACCGUCCUGAUUUCAGCCUAUGCUGAGACGCCAACUACCAACGGGACGUCUGGCAUGGGGCAUUACAGUCAGGCUGACCAGCCCCCAGGACAGUUCCAGCCACCUCUCAGACCCCCCCAGUACAGCGCAGACCCCUCUACAGGCCCUGUCCCGGACGAAUCCACCCGCAACCUCCACAAGGCUCUCGCACUAGAGGGUCUGAGGGACUGGUAUCUGCGCAAUGCUUUGGGCCAGACAGGGGUCAGUGCAGGGAAAGGCCAGGAGGGGGCGCCAUCUCAGCGCAGACGUACUACUGCCUCGCUGCAUGGGCCACAUCCACACCCGCCUCUCAAACACCAGCCACAGUCGUUCCAGGGUGACACAGCCUACCCCCAGCUGCCCCAGUCAGCCACCUUCCACGGACAUCCAAUACACGGACGGUCAGUGGAUCUCUCUCCUUAUCAAGACACCUUCCCAUCCAAAAUGCAGGAUUUGACUCUGAAAGAAACAAAUAAUGACAGACCCAGUCCAGGCACGCUGGUCUAACGCAUGGACAAAGACUGCAUAACCACCAGCUGUAUGGAACGGCACCAUGAAAAGAGCUUGUUUUGCCUAAUUUUGCCUAGACUACACAGUCCUAACCAGUCCCAGCAGUUCUGAUACAAACACACAGUCCUCCCCUUACAAAUCACAGUUUCGGGGGAGAAUGAACUGAAAUGGACACGGUUUUCUUCAUUACCCCAUAUUGUCUGAGUUAGUUUUCCUUUUUAACACCAAAUUUUGUUAGAUGCACAUGAUGGAGAAGGCAUAAACCUGAUGCCCUUAACAAGGUAGCACAUUUCCUUUUUAAACCAUGUACUGUACAUUUGAUGAUUUCUUUACGUUUGUACUAACGUCACUUUGGUUUGACUAUAGAUCUCUUGAUUAUGAAAUCAGUAUUAAGCUUCAGGGUUUUUCCUAUAGAGUCUCUAAAUCAAGUAUUCAGCUCCAGCGUCCUUUUAAUCAGUCAGGAUCUUUUCAAUAACUCUUUGUACAAAAGGAAAAAAAAAAAGAUUUCUAUGCAAAUUACAAUCAAGAUGACUAUGUUUAGAGAAAAUAGAUACUAUUUGAUGAAUGGUUGAUGUGCUUAAUAUUUUGUCAUACAGAUUUGCAUAGUAAUUAAGAAAUAGGUAAGAAAUGCUAUCUCUAAAGAAAACAUUCAACCAAAUCUUACGUAUUAUAUUCUUCCCUGAGCUCGGUGUUAUCACUAUACGAAAUACUAUGCGUUGUUAAAUC